UGUCUGCUGGUUAGUUUCCCCGGAGGCUCAGUUGGAGCAGUGUCAUACAGGGAACAGAUGGUCAAUGGCUGGUCUGACGCGCUCUAUUGACUUUCUGACUCAGACACUGGGGGCUGGUCCACGCCGUGGUGGUGACACACUGUCCAGUGUUGUAGUCUGGGUGCAUUUAUUGAUUCCUGAGAGAGGUUUUGUACUGACAGAAAAGCCUCACGGUCUGAUCUGAAGCCUGUGGUUUUUAAACUGAGUGCAUGUGUGAGGGGAAAAGCUAGUUACGACGUGUGUUCCUGGCAAGCUGACGAGACAGAUUGAUCGCUCAGACGUGCAACAAAGAUGGCCUCCGUUGCUCCAUUCAGCCGCAGACAGUGGGCGUCCCAGUCGCUCAGGGUCACCGCCAAGGAGAUGUCCAUCGUCUCCACCCGGGGGAAAAACAACGCCAUCGCAGAGCGCUUCUCCAAGUACCAGAUGGCAGCAGAGGAAGGCAACGCAGACAAGAAGAAAACGGUUGCAGAACCUCUGCCAUCCACAGUGCGCAGUGGGAAUCUGAGUGUUUUAAAGAAACGCUGGGAGCAGCAGCAGCAGCGGUCCGGCCACAGAACCCAAUCUCAAACCACACCCUGCAACCCUGCUGACCCUGAGACCCACAUCAGUCAGUCAACAGGCCCCAAACCUGCACCCAACUCACAGCUCGAGCACCAGCCCAACACUCUGAAAGCCACCAACCAGGAGCCGGAGACACAGGUUCACUCUGAGACCAGCUCCAACCGACCUGAGGUUCUGACCGACAUGGAGCCCAGCAGAGAUUCAGAGGGGCAGGAGGGAGCAGCAGCAGCUGAAGUACCUGAGUCGGAGAAGCCCAGCGUUCCCCUCAACAGCCUCAAGAUGAUGUUUGAGAAGGGAGAAAACCCGACCGACAAGGUGUCCAGAGAGCAACCCAGUAGAGGAACCAACGGUAACACUGCCAGCAUGGAUCAGCUACUAGGAGAUGGAAGUCUUGCAGAGUCCACUCCUCUCCGGGACAGGAUGGCCCUCUACCAAGCUGCCAUCUCCAAACAGGAAGUCCCGCCCACCUCAGUCAGUAGUGAUCAGCUGGACACUUUCUGUGGGAAGCAGAAGGAGAACGUUCCUCCGUGCACUCUGGACAUGAGUCCAGAGUCUGAACCAAACGGCAGGAAAAGUUUUACCUCCGAGAGCAACGGCUCGGCUUCUGGCACCCCUGUGUCCUCCAAUCAGAGAGACUCUUCUCAGCCCAAGUCCUCCAAAAGCUUCCGGCUGCCUGUGAGGGAGACCUGUGUGUCCUGUCUGAAGACGGUUUAUCCUCUGGAGAGGCUGGUGGCCAACCAGCACGUCUACCACAGCUCCUGCUUCCGCUGCUCACACUGCAACACCAAACUGAGUUUGGUGAACUACGCCUCCCUUCACAACAACGUCUACUGCAAGCCGCACUUCUGCCAACUCUUCAAGGCCAAAGGAAACUACGACGAGGGCUUCGGCCACCGGCCCCACAAAGAGCUGUGGGAGGGCAAAGGGGACAGCUGCGGUGAGACCUCGCCGCAGUCCAACACUCAGACCAGGCCGAAGAUCCAGAGCCCGGUCUCAGACCUGGACAGCCCCAGCGUGGAGGACUCCCCGCUGGCCAAGGUCAACGUGCUGACCGCCACUAUGGAGGCUCUGGGUCAGGGAUCGGCAGAGAAGUCCGACAGACCCACUGAGACCCGCAGGCUGAAGAUCUCCUGGCCGCCACGAACGGAGCUGGAGGACGGGACCGGCCUCAGUGGCGCCACAACAACCCCAGACGGGGGCUCUGCCAGCAAGCCCGUCCGACCCAAGUGGCCCCCAGAGGAGGACUCCCCUUCCUCGGCCCCCGAACAGGCCAGAGAGACGCCCUGCCUGCGCCGGAGCUCCUCCCUGAAGGAGCGCAGC